AUGCUGCGAUGGAGUGUUCGGUGGAGGACAGAGACUCGACUCUCUGUCGGCACAACACUCGCUCAACGCUGUGCACUGGGUCUCGGACGAGGAGCAUUGCCAUCGGGCACAACCCCGAGCCCUCUGAAGUCGCAUCAGCGCAUGGUGUUCGCUGUGGUGGUCUCCAGCAGGUGCACACACGUAAGAGGCGGGAGGGGGGGUGACAGACACGGUUGUUGGGGUGCUGGUCUAGCCCGCCUCACCUCCCCUGCCCGUUGUGCUGGCUUAUCACGUGACCGAAAACUAUGGGUUCAUGACUUCGCCUCACAGUUGACCAUGCCUCAAUGGGAUGAGGAUGGAGAGGCUGCAGCUGUUCCCUCUACACCAGCGGAGACUAAUUAUCAUCCUGGUUUGUGCACUUUGAAGAGUUGUUUCGAGGCGAAACUUCCGUCCUCCAUCGAUGACGCAACCCCACACGGUCAUCCUGGCUCGAAUGUCAAGGCUGACAAAAUAGAUUCUGGAUCCAACGUGUGGUUUUAUUGGCAGACUUGGAAGAGGCUACCGUCAAGGCCUUAG